CCUCCCCUCCUCCCUCUCUGUCUUGCUCUCUACUCCGCACUGAAUUGUAUUUCGCUUUCUGCUUGCCCGUGCAGCUGGUGCGAACGCAGUGACUGUGGCGCAGAUGCGUAUAGUGUUACAGCCUUUGCCGCAGCGCCCGGGGCUCGGUCGCCAGUACCCGCCCGCAUCGCUCGUCUACAGAUGUUGUAGAUGCGGCCUGGGAACUCUGCCUCUGGCGCUCUCCUUCUUAGCGUGUCGAAGGAGCAGCGGAGCAAAGACAAGCGAAGCUAAAGAAGGCAGCAGCCGCUUUAAAGGCGGCGCCACAAGCCCGACCACAACGGCGCUGCAGCUUAGGCGGGCUCGGCAAGCAACCUCGGUCUCAUUCAGUCGCUCUAACACACUGCCGAAGCAAGCGCUCUCAGCCGCAGAAUGGCGGAUCCAAAAGAAAAGGACAACUGAGAAGAGAGAGAAAAAAAACCUGUUAAAAUGCGAUAUAAGAUCCCCGGAGCGGCGAUGGACCGCGUGAGUCUGCUGUGGCGUUUGCGGCGGCGGGCGAGGCGGGGGGUGCUGUGCAUGGGGCUGUUCUGCGUGGCCAUGGGGCUCCUGUACGCCCUCUGCGCCGAAAACAGCGUCCCCGUCACCGACGCCAUCUUCGGCGUGAGGGCCCGCACCCGCGCCCAGCCCCGCGCCCACUCCAUCAUCAAGGUGGUGCGGGCAGGGGGUGGCGGAGGGGCCAAGCCCAUAUUCGUCAACCCCCAGAACCACCCCGGGAUCGUCCCCGGGGACCCCCACCGCCCCAUCCCGGUGCUGUCCGCCCCCAACGGCACCCUGGAGGGGGGCAGGGUCGAGUCCCGCAGCAGGAAGAGGGAGCCCGGCGGGGGGGCGGGGUUUCUGUCCUGGCUGAUGCCCCGCCCACUCCGGAGCCUGCUGGAGGGGAUCUUUGGGAGCAAGAGGCGGACGAGUGCAGGAGGCGUGGGAAGCGACUCGGACCUUUUCGGACCCCACGGGUCACUGGGAGAGGUGUGGGACGAGCAGAUGUCCAGCAGCAUGCUGGGAAAGAGGCUGAGAAAGGUGGUGCAGAACUACCAGGCUAUGAAUAAGUACGGGGUACCAUUCCACACCAAGGGGGGUGCGGACAGCGGAGGGGGCCCCAAACGCACGGGUCCGGAGCUGCUGUGCCAGCUGAAAGGGAAAGUUGGGGUGACCACCCUCACCCCCGAACUCAAGCCCUUCUCCAGCCUGCCCUGGGCCCCUCUCCUGCCCCCGCGACCCCUGACCUCUGACCUGGGCCCCUUCAGGAGCUGCGCGGUGGUGUCGUCAGCGGGGUCACUGAAGCACUCUGGGCUCGGGAAGGAGAUCGACUCCCAUGAUGCAGUGCUGCGGUUCAACGCUGCUCCCACAGUGGGCUACGAGAAGGAUGUGGGCACCAAGACCACCAUACGCCUCAUUAACUCACAGGUGAUGGCGUCAGAUGAUCACCGCUUCCUGUCCAGCUCCCUGUACAGCGCUGGGAUCCUGGUGGCCUGGGACCCCUCCCCCUACUCCUCUGACCUGAAUGAGUGGUACAACAGGACGGACUACCCCAUAUUCCUGCAGUAUCAGAAGUACCGGCGGCUGCAUCCCCAGCAGCCCUUCUACAUCCUCCACCCGCGCGUGGAGUGGCAGCUCUGGGACACCAUACAGGCCAACAUGGCCGAGGCCAUCCAGAGAAACCCCCCUUCCUCUGGCCUGCUGGGGACAGUGCUGAUGAUGUCAUUGUGUAAGGUGGUGCAUGUGUACGAGUUCCUGCCUUCUCGCCGUAAGACGGAGCUGUGCCACUAUUACCAGCGCUUCUACGACGCGGCCUGCACGCUGGGGGCCUACCACCCCCUGCUCUACGAGAAGAACCUGGUCAAGAGGAUGAACCAGGGGCCUGACCGCGACAUCUUCAGCCACGGCCGAGUCACCCUGCCAGGGUUCAACAGCUUCAACUGCACACACAGGGCAAUGCACUAACACUCUGGCCCGACUGACCCCAUACUGACCCACGCACUGACACCCCCGAUACUGACCGACCCCAUACUGACCCACGCACUGACACCCCCGAUACUGACCGACCCCA